UCCCUCAUGAAUUUCUCCCCCGUGAGGGACAGAUAGAGGCCGGGCUGGCCAGUCCGGUCGUCUCAGCAGCUUCAAAAGGAGACAGAGAACCCAAAGCGAAGUGGUGGUGGGAAUAGCAUUCGCCACAACAUUUCCACAAAUAAUUUCCAGGCUUUCCCUGGGUUUGGAGAUCGCUCUACUUUCGCAAUUCUUUAUAAAGAGUCUUCUUUGUCUGCUGCCUUUUCCUCAAGUGAGGAACCUGAGGAAGUUGCCCCCCUUCUAGAACCAGAGAAGAAUAUCUUGUGGGAUUAUUAUUAUUUUGGCUCCUUUUUAAGGAAUUGAAAUUAAAAAAUGGGUGAAAUUGCCAUUUCCUUUUCAAAUGGUACAUUAUCUCAUUUGGAAAAGUUGGAGGCUUCUGCCCGCAACGUAACACUGAAACAAGAGAAAAUAAAGGAGUAUGAGGAGAAGAUAUUGAAGAUGAAAAUGAGGAUCCAGGAGCUGAGAAACCAAAGAGAUGAGUUAAAAACCAAACUAAAUGUUUGUCAAUCACAGUCCACUCCACACAAAGAUGCUAUGAAAAACAGUUUGCAAGUUUCUAAGGCUACAACGACAAGCCAACAGGACAUCUUAGGGUGGAAGAUAGAGAAUGCCAAGGGUCUGCUAGAACUUUUUCAUCUCACAGGCCUAAGUGGAAAAUUGACAGAGCAAGGAGUCUCCUUUUGCAUCAGCACUGCCUUUGAAGGAACUUACCUAGAUUCCUAUUAUGUAGACAUCCUUAUACAGCAGCCUCUCCGGAUUCAACACCAUUCAAUCCCAGUUUUCAUACCACUGGAGCAAAUAGCUAAUGAGCAUUUGCAGAAAGAUAUCAAGUGCUUCCUGUCUGUACUCUCAGAUCAUCUGAAUGCUUAUGCUAGGAGGAAAUUCCAGGUAGACCAAUUACAGGAACAUUUUGCCGUUUUUCUUGAAGGAUGCAUGAAAGGAAAUUCCUUAUACAAUCAGUUGGAAUUUAACUACCGUGUCACAGAAGAUGGAAGUUUUCCGUUUACAGCAAAGAUCAUAUAUGGAAAUCCCAUGAAUGCCCUCCCAACCAAGGUCACUGUUGUAUGUAAAGCAAAAGAUGCACCAGUUUCUGUGGACGAGAUGGCAGCAGCUCAUUUGGCUUUGUUCUAUGAGAAGCCUCUUCAAGAUGUCUUUAUUUCUAUCACAGCCUCAGUUGAAAAUCUGAAUCAACCUAUUGCAGCCACCUCAUCUUCCUAUUCUAGUGUUCCCUCUGAGGUUGCUGCAUUGUAAAUUCCACUAAGGUAGGAAGAUGAAGAAGGAUCUCACAGUAACAGAUAUGGUUCUUACCCAGAAAAUAUAUACUUUUGAUGGAGAGUUGUUUAGUUUAUUUUAGUUUAAAAAUAAAACUACUUCAGAAUGCUGAAAUACCAUUAGCAACCUGAAGGAUGAUAGAGCAUGUUCCAGUAAAAACCUGGCAGAUAAUAUCCUUUAGCUCAGUCUUUUUUCAAGUAAAUACAAGAUAGAUUGGUCACAUUUUCAUUUUUAAUUUACAUGCUGUAGUCUCUGAAGUAUUUACUACUUUCCUAUGGAAAUGUAGCUCAUUUCCUUUUCCCAUGAAAGGGACCAGAAACUUGUCCUUGUGGCAAUAUUUACGUUACAACUAUCUGCUUUGCUUAGUUUUGAUGUUGAAAUUCUGAUUCUGCAGAUUUCAAUGGUAAAAAAGCAGUUUCUUGUAUGUUUUAUUAGAUAAUAGCAAUAGCACUUAGACUUAUAUACCACUUCACAGUUUUUUGCAGCCCUCUCUAAGCGGUUUACAGAGUCAGCAUAUUGCCCCCAACAAUCUGGGUCCUCAUUUUACCGACCUUGGAAGGAUGGAAGGCUGAGUCAACCUGAGUUGCUGACUGACUGCUGACUGUUGUCAGUCAGAAGAAUUAGCCUGCAAUACUGCACUCUGAUCACUGCACCAUCACGGCUCUAAUUUGCCUAGAAUGAUUGAAUGUCACCUCUGGAAUAGCUGUCUGAUGCAAAAGCAAUUAGGCCUUCAUAGGGAAUAUUUAAUACAGGUAGUCCUCGACAUACAACAGUUCAUUUAGUAACUGUUUGAAGUUACUACGUCACUGAAAAGAGUGGCUUAUGACUGUUUUUCAGACUUACAACCAUUACAGCAUCCCCAGGGCCAUGUGAUCAAAAUUUGGAUGCUUGGCAACUGGUUCAUAUUUAUGACGGUUGGAGUGUCCCUGGAUCAUGUGAUUACUUUUUGGGGCCUUCCGACAAGUAAAGUCCAUGGGGAAAGCCAGAUUCACAUAAAAACCAUAUUACUAACUUAACCGCUGCAAUGAUUCCCUUAACCGAUUCCCUCGGCCCGAUAUAGCCAGCUGACACCAUCGCUGGCUAUUGGGGAUGAGAUCUUGCCCCCCUCAGAGAGGGCUUGCAACUUGGGCAUCCUCCUGGAUUCAUGGCUGUCUUUGGAGGAUCAUAUGACGGCCGUGGCCAGGGGGGCUUUUUAUCAGGUUCGCCUGACUUCCCAGUUGCGUCCCUUUCUGGACCAGGACGCCCUGCGCACAGUCACUCACGCCCUUGUCACUUCCUGGCUGGACUAUUGUAAUGCUCUCUACAUGGGGCUCCCCUUGAGGAGCACCCGGAGGCUCCAGCUGGUCCAGAAGGCAGCCGCGCGAGUAAUAAUGGGGGGCGACUCGUCGCUCCCAUAUAACACCCAUCUUGCACGAGCUGCACUGGCUCCCGGUGGUCUUCCGGGUGCGCUUCAAGGUGUUGGUUACCACCUUUAAAGUGCUCUAUGUCUUAGGACCUGGUUACCUACAGGACCGCAUUCUGCCACCGAUUGCCUCCCACCGACCAACACGCUCCCACAGAGAGGGCCUCCUCAGGGUGCCGUCAGUCAAACAGUGUAGGCUGGCGACCCCCAGGGGGAGAGCCUUCUCUGUGGGGGCCCCGGCCCUAUGGAAUGAACUGGCCCCAGACGUACGAAGGAUCCCCGACCUCCGUGCCUUCCAUCGCGCUCUGAAGACCCUAUUAUUCCAGCAAGCUGGUCUGACAGGAUAAAGGUUUUUUAAAUUGGGUUUUGAUAGGGGUUUUAAAAUGAUUUUAGUUGGAUAUUUUAAAUUUGGCCGAAUGAUUGAAUUAUUUUAAUAAGCUUUUAAUUUUUGUUGUAUAUUGUUUUUACCAUGGCUGUUCACCGCCCUGAGUCCCUCGGGAGAAGGGCGGUAUAUAAAUAUAAUAAACUAACUAACUAAUUAACAACUGUGGCAAGAAAGGUCUUUAAAUGGGGCAAAAUUCACUUACAAUUGUUUCCCUUAGCAACCAAAAUUUUGAGCUCAACUGUAGUAAACCGAGGACUACCUGUGUAGGCUUUGUGUUUAUUAAAUGAGUUUAUUAGAAUAUACACUAUGUGUGUAUUCAAAGACAAAUUACAUAUAGGUAGUCUCAACUUACAACCCUUCGUUCAGUGACCAUUUGAAGUUACAAUGGCAUUGGAAAAAGUGAUUUAUGACCAGUUUUCACACCUAACCACCACUGCAGCAUCCCCAUAAUCACAUGAUCAAAAUUCAAGCACGUAGCAACUGCCAUGUAUGACAUUUGCAUUAUUCCACAAUCAUUUGAUCACCAUUUGUAACCUUCCUGGCCAGUUUCUGACAAGCAAAGUCAAGGGAGGGAGCCAGAUUCACUUAACUGUGGUGAUUGGCUUAACAAUUGUGGCCAAAAGAUCGUAAAAUGAGGCAAAACUCACUUAACAACUGCAUUGGUUAGCAAUGGAAAUUUUAGGUUCAGUUGUGGUUGUAUGUCCAGGACUACCUAUACAUAUACAGCAAGUAUUAUGAAAGCAAAGUUAAAAUGAUCAUAGGGAAAUAGACGGACCAGAGACUUUGAAAUAAGACCAAGGACUGCAAAAUAGCCAGUCUGCUUUGCAUCCUGUCCCACCCAAGGCCCUUAGUAGUAUGAAUACAUUAUUUAAUUCUGCCCACCUCAUCUCACCUUAUGAUGACUUUUGUUCUCCAGCAUGAACACCAUCUAUUUUAAAAACAUGUCUUACAUUUUUUUAAAACUGUAGAUAUAAUAGUAUUCAAAGACCCUCAUUUUUUAGGCUUGUCCUGCUUCCAUCACAACUCUCCUUACUUGAUUCUGGCCAAGCUCUGCAAAGGGGCAUAGGACAGUAUGUCUACCUUAUCUGUGUGAAAGGAGAAAUUAUAUGUGGAAUUAUACACGUAUCUGAUUUAGUAGGAUUAUCUGUAUGGAUUAAGAUUUUGUAUAUAUGAAAACGCUGCAAAAAGAUGAAGUUGGUCCUCUGGCACAUUUGUAUCAGUCUUUCACUCAAAGCUCCCAAAACAGAUUACACAUUACAGAAAUGAGGAAAGCUGUACUCAGUUUUGGCUGUGAUAUCACAUUUUCAUAAAUUAAAUGUAGAUUAAAUGGGGAAAUGAUAUAACAUUUCCUUUAUAUAUUCUAUAUUUGGACAUGUUUUAUUUAUUGUGCAAUAUGAUUUUUAAAAAAGUACUAAUCUGUACGGUAGUAAAUGUAAAAAGCUAACUAGUAA